AUGGGUUCAUGGCCUGAAAAAGCGCUUCAGCAAGUUUAUCGAUACCUACCACCAAUCUACGCGCGCGACUUUGCGUAUGCCAACAACGCGCCCGUAGUCCUUCGCAUGGCCAGAGCUAACGUCAGCGACAUUACUGCAAAGACCUUUGCCGAGCUCCUCUCUGGCCCGACAAUCGACUUUUACGUCGGUCAAGAGCGUCGGCAUUGGUCGCUGCAUCGCAAUCUGCUAUGUCACCACUCGCCUUACUUCGAGUCCGAGUUCCUUGCCGACAAGACAUCCAAAUCUUCCCAGAGAUCUGAGCUCGAACUGCCUGAUCAAGACCCUACCGGCUUUGAGUUGCUUGUGAAAUGGCUGUACCAAGGGACAUUGGACGACACGUCCGACAUGACGGAUGAGAAGAAAUACGACUACUCGGUAGCCUGCCACAAGCUAUACCUGCUCUGCAACAAGUUCGAUCUCCCAGUCCUGAGGAACGAGUCUAUCGACCUAUACAGACAGGGAUUACUCGAAGCACAACUCGUGCCCGAUGCCGAAGAAAUCAACGACAUCUAUCGCAGCUCUCCAGUAGGCUCGCCCUUCCGAAAGCUCAUGGCCCAAAUCGCCGCGCGACAGAUCAUGGAUCCAGACAGCGAAAAGAACGCUGAGAGCUACCGGAACUGCUUCAAAGACAACCCUGAUUUCGCAGUCGACAUGGUCAACGCCAUCAAAGCUGGCACCGGAGACGGGGAUCAGGCCGCAUACCACGAAGACCCGGCUCCUCGUCAGCAUGGCAAAGGUCCUGCAUCCAAGUUGACGCCAUCCCCUUCCAGACGACGACGAUCGCUCUCUGCAGACGCGGGCGCGGAGCGACUCCCCGAUGGAGAACGAAGACGUGACUCCGGACAGUCCUCAGAACAAGAGUCUGAGCUACCCACACCACCAGACUCCACUCGACGAGAGAACGGAUACGGAGUCCGACGAUUCAACGGAACCAGCAGAACCAUUGCCAAGAGUCCGAUCACAGGAGAAAGAGUCGAGCCAAACAACGUCAACGGAGACGCAGAAAGCCCCUCGCGAAAGAAGCCAAAGAAGCUUGUCAUACGUGGAGGCCCUCCGUCGCCGCAAAGAUAG